AUGACAGUGAAAUGUGACUCGAUGGGUCACUACCGGCCAAAAGAUCCAAAGCUUGAUCAGCAGUUCAAGGCGCACUGGUUCAGCAAUCAAAGAAGCCAAGGUGAAUAUUGUUCAUUCAACAUCUAUGCAUUGUCAUUGAUAACUGCACUGUUUUAGUGUAAAUUCUUGUUAAAAUGUUGAUUAUGUUGUCCACUUGCUGACUGCAUAUUUCCUUUGAUAUUUGCAGGUCUAUCAGUACACAUCUUAAGGCUCUGCCUGAAAGCAGAGGAACUCAGCUCCGAUCCAGAGUUAAAAGCGUCCCUUGGCUGGUACACAAACUGGAAAUGUCACCAUGCCAUUUCCUUGAGAGCAAAGACCACUUUGGCACAGCAUCUACCAGCUGAUAUGGAAGAGAAGGUGAUUGAAUUCCAUUGCUUAAAUCGUGCUGAGAUCCUGACAGCAUUGUGGCUACAAGUCCAGCCAUGUCCUUAA